AUGGCGGCCGGCGGCUCCGGCGGCGGAUCGGGCGCCGGCGCGAGCGUGGACCUCGAUCUGGCCGCGGUCGAGAACAUUCCGCGCGACACGCUGGUGGCGUUGCUGAAGCGCAAGGACAAGGAGGCCAAGAGCGCCAUCGCCAAGCUGGACAAGCUUGAAGAAAGGUAUGUCAAGGUGGUGCGCUUCAACAAGCUUCUGAUGGAGGACCGCACCUCGUUCCAGCGCUUCUGCAGCGACCUCCUCCCGGAGAGCGACGGCGUCUUCGAGGAGGCCGCCGCGCAGGAGACGCCUGUGAACCUGGACGCCCUGCUGCGGCGGCUGCAGGCGUGGCGGAGCACUUUCGAGGCCGUCAGCGAGGACCGCAAGGUCUUCCAGCAGUUUGUGGAGCUCGUCUUCCCGGCGGACGAGGGGCUGGCCCAGCUCUUCCGGGACCCGUCGCUCGGGGCGGGCGCGUUCGACACGCUCCAGCACCGGUGGAUGGCGCGCGAGGACCUGCACAACCAGUCCAUGGCCAGCAUCAACUCCAUGGCCCGCGAGCAGAUGACGGAGCGCGGCCGCGAGCUUGAGGACGCGAAGGUUGCGCGGGCGGAGGCCGAACGGCGACUGGAGGAGAUGCGCGAGCAGAUGACGCAGCUGGCGCGGGACAAGGCGCAAAGCCUGAAGCUGCGGCUGUCAGGUGGCGACGCGCGGAUACCGUCCACCGAG